UGCUUUACUCUUGCACAGCAGCAGCUCAAAGUCGGUGGUUCGAACAUUCAAUAAGCGACGUUUGCAACCUAUUGCCGACUAUAGACUCUUGCGAUAGUUUCAAAGCUAUGCUACGACUUCUGGUACCUGCCAGGCCUCAUAAGAACCACUGCAAACGCUCAGAACAAGGGCAAAGAGCGAGGCCCUUGCGGCCUAAGAGCGAGACGACUAGUAUAGUGCUGAGUUAGCAUGCCUGCACAUGAGAUCCAGCCACGUGCUCACAGGAAGAAGAAGAAGCUCACCUUCACUGCACUUGAGAUGCUUGAGAAUGGAAACUAAUAGCCUAAAUAGGUUCUGUUUACCUGGCCUCGGAAAGAGAUGUUCCCCUCUCCGCGAUAGAGUGUUUUCGUUUGAUUCUGAUCCCAUGCGUACGCCUCAGUAUAAGAAAGUACGAGCAUGCAGGCCGGAAAAAUAUCGCCCCUGGAGCAAGCGUAGCAUGGAACGAGCUCUCGAUGCGGUUAUUCACAAAGGGGUUGCUGUCUCCAGAGCUGCCGCUGACUAUGGUAUACCAAAGACAACUCUAUAUGACAAUGCCACAGGAAGAGUUUUGCCAGGGAGCAGGAGUGGACCAAGGACAUAUUUCAUGGUCGAAGAAGAGGCUCUGUUAGUGUGUUUCCUCAUCAAGUCAGCCGAAAUUGGGUAUCCUUUCACCAGAUUACAGGUUUUGUCUCUAGUUGAAACAAUGUUGAUCCGAAAAAACAAAGAAAAGACUGGUGCCUCUUCUGUUACGCAUGGUUGGUGGGCUAGAUUUUGUAAGCGACAUCCUGAAGUCUCUUUAAAGACAUCCUCUUGUCUGUCAGUGGCUAGAGUCAAGGCAUCUUCCGCUGAGACACUCUCCGAAUAUUUUUGUGGUGCUACAAACAAGGCCCUCAGGAAUAAGACAGGUUCUUCCCGCGGCAGAGCGAAACGUGGACGUGGACGUGGUGGUAGUGGUGCGACCACAAGAGCUCGUGUGACAAACCCACCGGACCUAAACACUAGGGAUGGUCAUGAGGCCUACACAGUUUCCUCCCCAGCUGAUUCAGCAAGUUCAGCAAGCACGGAUGUUGAAGAGGAUAAAGGUGCUACAAACAAGGUCUUCAGGAAUAAGACAGGUUCUUCCCGCGGCAGAACAAAACGUGCAUGUGAAAAUUAUGAAGUGUUGAUGAUUAUUUUUAUGUGUUGAUUAUUAUUUUGGCUGUAAAA